UCAAACGACUCUCUCUCUCUCUCUCUCUCUCUCAUCACAAUGUCAUCAGAUAGAUGAUGAACACUCCUGCUGUGAAAGAAACCCUAUUCCUAUUCCACCAUAGCCGCCACCUCCUUCUCUUCUUCUCUUCUCCCUCAGAAGAGCAGCACUUACAACUUCAUCAUCACCAUCAUCAGGAUGGAAGACCCAAGAGAGGAGUACUGGGAAAUUCAGGAAUACACAUCAUCAGAUGAAGGAGAAAGUAACACUAACACUAGGAGUAGUAGGGUGAGUUGGUUAUUGGACAAGGGUCUGAAUCUGGGAAAGAAGAUUGUGAUCACUGCUAUUGUGAUCUCAUCUGCUCCGUUGGUUCUUCCUCCACUCGUCGUUAUCUCUGCGCUUGGGUUUGGAUUAUCGGUUCCUUUUGGCUUUGCCUUUGCAAGCUAUGCUUGCACUCAGAAGCUCAUGGACAAGUUGCUUCCAUACCCAACAUCAUCAUCAUCAUAUCCUCUUAUGUUGGAGAAUGGAACAGUACUGUCCGAAGAAGAAAAAGAAGAAGAACCAAUGAAAGAAGUAGAAGAAAGUGUGAAAGAAGUGGGGUAUGGGGAAGAUUUUGGUGAUUACUUAGAUGCAUCAAAGGCAGAGGAUUAUGGAAAUCAAAGCACUGAGAAGAACAAGGAAGAACCGAUGAAUUUGAACGUUAUUGUAGAUGAAAAAGUGAAGGAAAAGGUGUCUGAGGAAGAUGUUGCCAUUGGUGAGUACUUAGAGGGAGAGGAUCAUGAUGAGGGGACAUUGAAUUUGGAAGGGAAGUUUGAAGUGAAAAUUGAAGAUGAAGAAGAGGAACCAGUGAUGGAAAGAAGCAAGGGUCCACCGCUAGAGGAGCUGUUAGUUGAGGAUAAUGUGGACCAAGUUGUAGUUUCAGUUGAUGAAGAUGGAAAAAAUGCUAGUGUAGAAUCAGAUCUGGUUGAAGAAAGAGGUGGUGAAAUUGCCAAGGAAAUCAAUGCGAAGAAUUUCACCACCAUCAUUGAGGAAAUGGAGACAUCAUUAGUUGAAGACACAAGUAUGAAAUCGGAGAUGAAAAGAGCAGAAGAUGAGAGGAAACUUGAAGGGCCAAAAGAAAAUAAGGAGAUUAUUCAAGAAAGGGGAAAUAAAGAAAAUGUAGAGAUGGGAAGCAUGAUAGAAGGGAACAGAGAUGACAAGAAGAAUGUUGAGCAUGUCGUGGUAAUAGAGGACCCAAUUGAGGACCUUAAUGGAUCGAUAAAUGAGAAGAGACUAGGGGAAGCUGUUGAAAUGGAAAACAACAAAGCAGCGAUGGAGAGUGGGGGAACCAAGAACCAAAUUGGUAGUGUGGUCCAGAAAGAACCAAAAGGAAGUGCAGAGUUUUUGGAGCUUGAUGUGUCAGUAGAGGUACAUGAGAUUAAGGAUGCUGGAAUUGAUUCCGAGACAGAUACUCCUAUGCCUGCCAGUAAGGUAAGCGAAGAAAAAAUAUGGGAACAGAUUGAUGCAUUGAGAACUAUAGUGGGAUAUAAAGCUGCACCCCAUGCAACGUGUGCGGAGGAACUAAAAGCUCUCUACAUCUUCACUGGAGUAGAGCCACCUGAGCCUGUCUUGUAUAAAAACCAACCAUCUGAUCUUAUAGAAGUCAAUGACACGCUUCUGUUUCUCAUGUCCAUAGUUGGAGUGAAGUAGGUAGAACUAUUCUAUGUAUGCUUCUAUUUGUAUUUGGUUGGUUUUAUUACAUACUUGAGUGUGGGUUGUUUUGCUAUACAAAGUCUCUGUUUUAUGUAUUUUGGUUUCUGGAUGACAUUUGUUAGGGGCAUUCACAAAGUAAUUUAUCAUAUCAAUU